GUGAAUAAAAAAUAACAAUUCCUUUUUUUCUUGAAAUAUUGCAGCGUUUAUUGUAAAUAGUUGAUCAAUGUGGGUCAUAAUCUUAAAUUCAAAUCUGAAAAUGCACUUCCGUCUUGUAAUGACUAUCCAUUUGAGCUGAUUUAUGUUAGACGGCCUGGGCGGAGCACCCGUUAACUCCUCCCCUUCAACUGUUAGUCUGCUGCCAGUUCCAUUUCAAAAUGCAACAGGUGUUUUUAUAUAUCCAAUCACAUCGCAGAUUAAAUACAAAAGCCACGCCCACUAUUUUUUCUCAUUAGGAAUUCCAUUUCACUUGUAUUUGAAAGUAUAAACGAUCGCAACUUCCGGUUCACGGGGACUUUAAGUAGCUAAAUCAUGCUGGAAUACGUCAUACUAAUUAGCAUAUUUAUGACGCAAUCACUGUCUAGUAUCAGCAUUUUAUUUCUGUUUUAUUUCCUUCCUCUUCCUCCCGGUGCUCGCAAAGCCCAAUAUCAGGGCACUUGUUUACAUAUUUUAUGUUCUUAUUGUCAGACAACUAAACUAGUAGGAAAUACUGGCUGAACGCAACCCAUUUAAACUACUUAAAUAAUUAACAACAUCAGAGUUGUGCUAAUCACUAUAACUAAAAGCAAUAAUUAAAAUUCACUAAAUGGUCCUGAAAAGUUUUUUUAUUAUAGUACAAAAGAGUACAAACAUAUAAAACUCAUAACAACUAAAAUAAAAUAAAAAUUACAUAAAUUAAACUUGGGGUAUCAUUUAAAAGUCAGGGGUAAAAAAAUAUUAAGCGCAUAAAUACAAAUCACAUAGUGUUCGCAAGUAUUUAUUGCUUUUUAUAUUGCUUAACGUUUGUCCAUAUUGUUUAAUUUCCCUCAGAAAAUGUUCAUGGCUUAGCUUUAUCCCAUUUUUUUCACACGAAUGUGAUAUUUACCAAGUAAAAUAAAAAGUUGUACCAGAAAAGAUAUUGUACUUCUAGAAUCAAUGGUAUCUUGUACAAAAGAAAGAUGAAUGGUACUGACAAGUCACUAAGUUGGCAACGCAGCAAGUGACGUCACAUAAAGUGCGUUCACGCGCAGGUAGGUCUAUUCAAAUGAGGGGUGCGUCUUGUCUACCUGUGACUGCACAAUUACCGUUUUUUAGCUAUUAAAACAAUAGAAUCAUUACUUAUCAGUUUCCAUCAAUCUGAAAGUUUAUCAUAAGCAACCCGCUACACGAUCAUUCUAACGCUGUCAUUCCUUUUCGAGACAAAUUGCACCGUAUGCAGUUCUUUUGGACCGGUUGGUAUGUUCCACUCACAAUAAAACGUAGCUCAAUGAAACUUUAGUUUUGUAGGGAGAAGACCAACCUACCACCAGCUGAGGAUUGUUGUUAAAGUAGCAAAAAUGGGCGAACGACUUCAGCACCCUGAUAAACAUUUCAUGUGUUCAUUCGCAAACUGCAAGUCGUCGUUUUCUAAGAUGUGGAAGUUGGAAGCGCAUUACUGCAAGCACACUGGACUGAAGCCAUUUGCAUGUGGAAACUGCGACAAGAGCUAUAACACCCGUUAUCUGCUCACCCGACAUCAGCUGAGCCACAGCGGCGAGAAGCCCUACCUCAGGGAACGUGCCCUUGAAUGCUGUAAAGGUAGACAUCUCACUGUCAUUUCUGCUGAUCACCUGUUUUUGAAAUCAAGGUGUUCGGUCAGUGGAUGUUCGGAUGCGUUUUCCACACCUGGAGCCCUGAAGAACCACGUUGCUCAUGUUCACCAGCACAACCAGCGGUUUUAUGUGUGUUGUGAUAAUGGUUUGCAGUGCAACUAUCAAAACUGUGGAAAGGCGUUCGGCAAGAAAAAGCAACUGAAGAUCCACACGUGCAAGCACACAAAGGAGUUUCCUUUUGAAUGUGACUUUAAGGACUGUGACAAGAAAUUUUCCACCUCUAAAGAUUUAAAACUGCAUGAGAAGGUGCAUAAAGGUUAUCCGUGUGCUGAGGAGUACUGCUAUUUCAAAGGAAAAACCUGGUCGGAGUAUCAAAAGCACAGAAAGGCAGUUCACAGGGAAACCCUUCCAUGUGAUCAAUGCAAGAGGAUUUUCCACCACGCUUGGUUUUUGCAGAAGCACAAACAGUGGGUUCACUCAGGUGAGCGGCGCAUGUUUAAAUGCACCAGAGAGGGUUGUCAGGAAACCUACACCACAAACUUCAACCUUCAGAACCACGUUCUGGCCUUCCAUGAGAAAAGGUGUGAUUUCAUUUGCCUUUAUGUAGGCUGCGGUAAAGCUUUUGCCAUGGAGGAAAGCCUGAGAAGGCAUUCUGUGGUCCAUAACCCCCAGAAGACAAAACUCCAGAAGCCAAAAACCAAGCAGCACAAGACUCGAUCAAAGUUUAAUACAUCAGAGGCUGCUAAAGUGUCUAAGGCUCUCCAAAACGUCUCGUUGAACAAGGCUAUAUGACCGAAGAGGCCAUGAGUCUUCAAAACUUUUUUUUGUUAUUUAAAUAAAGCUUCCCUGUUUUGUUCCGUUUAUAAACCUAGUACUUUCAGUUGAAGUCACUUUACUUGAAUAAAUGAUCACUGUGGCAACUCUUUUGUUUUGUGGUCAAUAAAGGUGGAGAAAUGAA